UUUGAAUCGGGGGGGAAGUUUACAGUGCGCUGACAGACUUUUGAGUGAGUUCAGUGUGGUGCGCUCCUCGGUGCGUCACAAACUCAGACCGUCAGCAGUGGAACAGCGCAUCUAUCCAAAGGCUGUCAUACAUGCACAUACAGCAGAGUGUCCACUUUCCUUCCGAAUACAACAUCCUUCUUUACUCGCUUUACUUCGCUUCUUGCUUCGGCUAAGACUCGGGAGUGAAAUGGAUGUCAUACCGAUGUGCAGCAUCUUCCAGGAGCUCCAGAUUGUGCACGACACGGGAUACUUUUCCGCUUUACCUUCUCUGGAAGAAUACUGGCAGCAGACAUGCCUUGAGCUGGAGAGGUACCUCCAGAGCGAGCCCUACGUCUCAGCCACUGACCUCAAGUUUGAUAACCAGGAGGACCUGUGGAGCAAGUUGAUGCUGGCCUGCGGGGACAAGUCAAAUGAGUCAGACCCAAAGAUUGCCCACAUCAAGGAGGAGAUGGACAAUCAGGACAUGCAGCCCCUUGAUGUCGGUGGUUUCAACUCCGAUGCCAGCAGCGAAGCCUCGGACAGCUCUGAGGAGCUCUCCCCAACCAUUGACUUCUCCUCUGCCUCUCUGACUGACAUGUUGGGUGACAGUGGAGAAGACUUGGGCUCUGGCAUUAUCAGCACACCACCUUCCUCUCCUGAGCUCAUCAAAGAGGGCUCCGUGGCCCAGGUGUGGAGUUCAAUACAGACUGUGCAAAACACACCUGGAAAAAUAAGAACUGAGGUCACAGAAAGGUCAGGGGUGGCCAGUGGUGAGGCGUCACCCGAUGGGAGGAGGCGAGUGCACAGGUGCCAUUUCAACGGAUGCAGAAAGGUGUACACCAAGAGCUCACACCUCAAAGCACACCAGCGCACACACACAGGUGAGAAGCCUUACAGGUGUUCGUGGGAGGGUUGUGAUUGGCGCUUUGCACGAAGUGAUGAACUUACCCGACACUUCAGGAAGCACACUGGAGCAAAGCCAUUUAAAUGCAAUCACUGCGACAGGUGUUUUUCCCGUUCGGACCACCUGGCGUUGCACAUGAAGAGGCACAUCUAAGAUGGCCUACAUGUUGAGUGCUCUGAGGGAUGAGUCUGGUUUAUUGUCCCGACCAAUUGGGGAUCAGCAAGGCCGGUGUGUCCUGGGAGCAUUAACAGGGGCACCGCUGUGUUCCAGUCAGUGGAGAGACAUGAAGCAACACAGGCUAUUAUUUGCACCAUACUUUGUGCCUCCAACACCUCGCUGUGGUGAUUGCUCUUGAAAGGCUUUUACGGCAAAGCAGGGGGUGAAAGAGAAGAUGGGAAAGAUCUUGGCUGGAGUUGAUGGGAAGAUGGUGUUAAAGGCUUUUUUCAGUUUUUUUUUUUCCUGGAAGUUUAUGGGACUCCAGGAGUGGGGGUACAAUUCCUCCAAUGACCGUGUGCUUGCCUGUAUGCAUGGGAGUCUGAGUGCCUGUGACUGGAUGCCUGUGCUGGCUUUACAGAGCAGGUGGAGCUUGCAACUGAAUUACAUUGAAAGGGUGAUGGUAUAUAAUGGCAGUUUUCUUUAAAGGGGAGGGAAGGGAGGAAAGGGGGAGAGAGGAUGACUUGAUGUCUCUGUAAGAAUGAAUGCAAGUAAAGAAGUCUGUCUCCAUUGGUCUUAUUG